AUGGGCUAUUUAAAGACCAAGUUCAAACGCCUGCUCGAAAAGAUCGAGGACAGGAUCGAAGGUGAAAAGGAGCCCGAGACCAACGAUGACCGGAAAGUCUUUGCCCACUACAUGGUUGGCCUGACAUGUCACCAAACUGUCGAGCAAUGGGUCCACGAUAUCAAGACUGCCAAAGAGGCCGGUAUCGAUGGCUUUGCUCUCAACAUUGGGCCUUCCGACCCGUGGACAGAGACUCAACUCUCUCAUGCCUAUCACGAGGCUGAGGAGCUGGGUGAGUUUGUCAUGUUUAUUUCUUUCGAUAUGGCCUGCGGAGAGUGGUCAGUUUCACAGGUUGUUGACCUCAUCAACCGCUUCAGGGAAUCAAGCGCACAGUUCAUUGUGGACGGGCGACCUUUGGUUUCAACUUUCGAGGGUCCAGGUUGGGCUGAAAAUUGGAUUUCAGUUCGGGAACAGACAGGCGACAUCUUUCUUGUUCCUGAUUGGUCUAGCCUUGGCCCAUAUGGAAUUUCUGAGAAGCUGGAUGUCAUUGACGGAGCUUUUUCGUGGGACGCCUGGCCCAAAGCUGGUCAAAAUCAAAUGAACAUCAACGAAGAUCUCUUGUACUGUGACAACCUCAAGGGCAAGAAAUACAUGAUGGGUGUUAGCCCAUACUUCUAUACGAACUUGCCGCAAUGGAACAAGAACUGGUACUGCUCAAGCGAGAGUCUGUGGCAUGAUCGAUGGCAACAAGUACUUGAUGUAUUGCCUGACUUUGUUCAGAUCAUCACAUGGAAUGACUUUGGCGAGUCGAGUUACAUCUGCGAUACUGUGCCAGCGCAAGUUGUAGAAGGCGCAGAAGAAUAUGUCAAUGGCUACUCGCACUCAGCCUUCCGAGCCGUCCUCCCAUACUUUAUCGCUGCAUAUAAGUCUGGUUCUCGUCUUGUGGAUUUUCCAGAAGACACGGUCAUUGCCUGGUACCGAACAACCCCGGCAAGUGCGGGAGAGGGUUGCGGCACCACCUGGGGCCAGGGCGGUGAGAUACCGGCGUCCCAAGGGGCAAGAGACGUCGUUUCGGUUAUGGCGUUGGUCAAGGUCCCAACCAACAUCACCGUCGCAAUCGGCAGCCGCUGGAAGAGUGUGGGCACCAGAAUCGACAGCCCCCUUUCCUAUUUUGAGAUUCCGUUUGAUGGCAGCGCCACCGGGCCUGUCACAAUUGCCAUGAACGGCAAAACCGUCGAGGGUCCCCCAAUAACGAAUGAAUGCCACGAGGGCCGGAUGCAUUUCAACUCGAUUGUGAUUCGGCUUUGA